AUGGCGGUUUCUCUCUCUCUCUCUCUCUCUACAUAUAUAUGCACAUGUAUAUAUGUAUUCCUUUUUUUUAUUAUUUUGGCUGUAAUUCAAGGGACCCUAGCGUUAAAUAAGCACCCAAAUAAACCAAAGGAAGUAAAGAGAAACGGCGAGAGGCGUGGUGAUGCCAUUGACAUGCAUAAGAAAUUGUUUGGUGAUGCUGCAAAGGGGCCCUGUCUUUGUUGUAUCCGAAGUUUCCCUGUCCAGAAGUGGGUUGGCUACGAGGCAAUACGGGUGCGGCGAAAGGGAAUACUGCAAGAUUUAUGUGUGGUGAUGGCGACACGGGCCGUGUCUCACGCACUGAUGUGUUGCCGUCGCGCAAACCAAACGGGGAUUCCCACUGCAACUCCAGCGGAGGCGGACUCCAUGAAGGGCGAGGACACGGAGGACCAAAACCCCGCCCAAGAGGUUUGCGUGCUGAAGAAAUUGGACGUAUUUGCCAAGUCCCGCAUAUUAAACUACCUGAGCCGUCACCUGCCGGCCGGGGAUGAAAUCACAAGGCGAGCGUCUCCCUUUUUAAUCACAAAAACAUCGGACAAUGCACUUUAUCAGGCGGAGAUGCUGCUGCCCGUGGAGGCGUUGAUCUCCGGCGCCAUGCAGCGCACCGAACUUCGGGCAGUCGGUUAUGCCCAAAGGGAAAAGGAGGCCAUCAUUGCUGCCUGCGUGCAUGCUGAACGAUGCCUGGAUGCGUUAGGGAUCCCUUUAUUCACAUCGGACCGGCUGCAGCGCAAGCGCGUUGAAGAGGCAAAACGCGAUGGUCGCUAUGCCCCAAUGCCUGGGGACCCACUGCGGGAGGUGCAUCUCUCUGAACUUCCGUUCCCUGUAUGGUUUAAGGCAGAGGCCGGUGGUGACGAAGAGACAGGUGAGGAUGCGAAGUGUGCAUCAGCGCAGCGAAAAUCAGGAUCAUACUACCCGACACUGCGCAGCUACCAACCCGACUAUCACACCACGAAAAGACGAUAUAAUGAUUUCUCAAGACGUUGUGGUAGCGAUCCCUUUUUACGUGGCAUGGCCGGUGAACUCGCAUACCUUCAAGCUCGCAUCUUUCGACAUAACACGCAGCUGUCAGGAAUGGAUGAUGGGGACGACGAGGGCACGUCCAUCACAAUUGAUCCUGCAGAGGUGGAGGUUCUGCAGCCGAGUCACGUCUCACCGGAUCCCGUCAUUCGAUCUGACACGGCACCCUUUUUCCACUGCCCGGCCAUGCGUCUGGCGGUGAUUAACUCCCGCCCGUUAAACGAGCACCGCAUCGCAGGAUUUAUUGACGAAAGUGAGGGCGGCGUCUUUGAUUUAGUGGAGGGCGAAAAGGGAACCUGGUGGAUUCAUGAAGAAUUGCCUGGACUCGUAAGCCUUUUUGAUCCCUUUGCAAGGAAACGGAUUGAUGGUUUGUACAAAUCGCAGCUUAAGGUACCGUUUGACGCAUGUGUCGAGACACGGGUGGAUGAGGAGUUGACACAGGUAGAAAUAGGAUUUGGUCCAAACUGCAGAAAACAUGUGAAGUGGUACACGGCAACGGCUCCUGUUCCGCACUAUCCCUCUUUGCGCGCCGUUGGCAAGGCGUUGACUGUGGAUCAUGCCGUUUCAUUAUGCGCAAUGCAUGCGGAAUUGGUGUUGGGGUUUCUUGGUAUCCCAUUGUUCUCUGAUGUCAUGGAGCAGACGAAACAUUACGAUGCGUGCCUGCGACAUGGUCGUUUGGUGUCACCAUUACCACGAGAGUUGGACAGUGAGGUGCAGGCAUUAUUACCAAAACCACUGAAGCAAUGGCAUCGCAUCAAAAAGUCACGAAAGCGAGGAGCCCCAAUGAGUGUGUCGGAGAAAUUGGUCGCGUUGAAUCGCCGCGUCGUUGCGGAUCUCCGUCAACAUCUUAUGGAGGUUGAUAUAUGCGGUCAGCCGUUGUACCACCAAUUAUUGGAGUCAUCUGUGUCUGCCCUGCGGCAGUUUAUGGUGGAGCAGCGACAUCCCUACGAGUCAGCCUAUGUCAACUUUGUCUACGCCGAGAAUGGCCAGUAUCGGUGCAGCAUUUAUUUGCCUCUUCCAGAGGCGUAUGGUGUUCGUGGCGGUAAUGCCAUUGGCGCAACUCCCGAGAGUGCACGUAAGCUCUCUGCAUUACAUGCAAUAGACACGCUUUGUGCUCUCAACGUACCCAUCACAAAAAAUAAGGAGAAAAUGGAGCAUCUGUUAGAUAUACGGAGACAGUUUGGUCUCAUCCUACCGAGGGAUGCUAAUGAUAACUGUGCCCGUGACAGCAUCUCUUUCAAUAUUCGAUCCCCUCCCGGGUAUCGUGAGGUUCCGGGUGGCGCCACCACGAGAAUUCCGCCGCAUCAGGAUGUGUGGAAUCUCAUUAUGGCGGACGCAUCCGAUUUUGAUGUGGUGAAGGACGUUGAGCCUGAAAAGUGCUACAAGUUGGGUUUACCCGAGACAGGCUCAAUGCUCCGUGAGCUGUUCCAGACAUACCUGCAAACGGUGGGGUGGACGGCGGGGGAGCAGUGGUCGUACAUCAAACACUACCAGGGCUCACAACACUGGAACGGUCGUCUGCGUGUCCCAUGCAACAAUUACUGGAUGGAACUUCCACUAGAUGAGAAACUGUACGGCCGCCGCAUUGCCUUGGGACGCUGCGUCUUUCGUAAAGGGGCCGAGAAGGCUUUUUUAAUUCACGUCUUCCGCAUUCUUUAUUCUCUGCGUCUCGCCCCGUGGGACAUGUACUCGGAUGGCGCCCUGCAAAGUUUUCUUUGUCAUUCCCAGAAGAAAAACAUUGAACGGGAGAGAGUAUGGUGGGCGUUUGUUGUCCGUCAAUUCUUGACGUCCUCAGGCGAUGAAGGUGAUACGGCAACGCACGGGCCCUCUUUUGUGCCGGAUGCAGAAGUGUGCAUUCCCACAAGCGCCGAUCUGAAACGGAUUCUUUCCCCCAAUCCAGUAAUGACGCACGAGUUGGCAAAAAAAACUUUUGUUUAA